AUGCACCAUUUUCUCGACACAUGUGCGUUAGUUAGUACGGACAUGGACGUGGACGUGGACAUGGACGUGCACGUGGAUGUGGACGUGGACAUGGACGUGGACAUGGACGUGGACGUGGACGUGGACGUGGACAUGGACGUGGACGUGGACGUGGACGUGGACGUGGACGUGGUCGUGGACGUGGACGUGGACGUGGACGUGGACGUGGUCGUGGACGUGGACGUGGACGUGGACGUGGACGUGGACGUGGACGUGGACGUGGACGUGGUCGUGGACGUGGACGUGGACGUGGACGUGGACGUGGUCGUGGACGUGGACCUGGACGUGGACAUGGACAUGGACAUGGACGUGGACGUGGACAUGGACGUGGACGUGGAGAUGGACGUGGACGUGGACGUGGACGUGGACGGUCAUGGACGUGGACGUCGACGUGGACGUGGAUGUGGACGGUCGUGGAUGGUCGUGGACGUGGACGUGGACGUGGACGCGGACGUGGACAUGGACGUGGACAUGGACGUGGACGUGGACAUGGACGUGGACAUGGACGUGGACGUGGACGUGGACGUGGACGUGGACAUGGACGUGGACGUGGACGUGGACGUGGACGUGGACGUGGACAUGGACGUGGACGUGGACGUGGACUUCGACGUGGACUUCGACGUGGACGUGGACGUGGACGUGGACAUUGACGUGGACGUGGACGUGGACAUGGAAGUGGACGUGGACGUGGACGUGGAUGUGGACGUGGACGUGGACAUGGACGUGGACGUGGACAUGGACGUGGACGUGGACGUGGACGUGGACGUGGACGUUGUCGUGGACGUGGACGUGGACGUGGACGUGGACGUGGACGUGGUCGUGGACGUGGACGUGGACGUGGACGUGGACAUGGACGUGGACAUGGACGUGGAGGACUUGGACGUGGAGGACUUGGACGUGGACAUGGACGUGGACGUGGACGUGGACGUGGACAUGGACAUGGACAUGGAUGUGGACGUGGACGUGGACGUGGACGUGGACGUGGACAUGGACGUGGACGUGGACAUGGACGUGGACGUGGACGUGGACAUAGAUGUGGACGUGGACAUGGACGUGGACGUGGACGUGGACGUGGACGUGGACAUGGACGUGGAGGUGAACGUGGAGGACUUGGACGUGGACAUGGACGUGGACAUGGAUGUGGACGUGGACAUGGACAUGGACAUGGACAUGGGUGAUGUCAGUGAGACGCAGUAG